GGCGGUGAGUUAGUUAUAUGGCCGCCCCGCGCUUUCUCUCUCCACACUCAUCAAUUGAUCUCGCGCUGAUCGCCAAACUGCUCAGCUGUAAAUCACGCCAUGGCCUCACCACCACAGGUCAGUGUGAGGAAGCAACAGGAGCUCCAGCUCCAGUAUUCCAACUACAAAAACACGCUGCAGCAGAUGGCGCAGAAAAUCGGCGAUAUCGAGCAGGAGACCGAAGAGCACAAACUCGUCAUCGAGACACUCGAGCCGCUCCCGAAAGACCGCACAUGCUUUCGCAUGAUCAACGGGGUUCUUGUCGAGCGCACGGUCGAUGAGGUUCUUCCCUCGCUCAAGACGAAUGCCGAUGGACUGAAGCAGGUACUCGAUGAACUGCUGAAGCAGUACAAGACGAAGCAGACGGAGAUGGAUAACUGGAAGAAAAAGAAUAAUGUCCAAGUUGUACAACAAUGAACAAAUGCAAUACCACGGCAACUGUUAUUGCGAUUUCGCAGACGAUAUGUUAUGGCCGUUGCAAAGCUCACAGAUGGCCUGAGGAGUACACUUCCGUGCACAGGGGAUUGAGGGUUCUCCUGGCACCGUCUAGCUGCUGGGAUAUUAUUACCUGGUUCCGACAUUUGUCCCGCACAUCAGCUGUGAUGCCCAGAGUCCAAGUCGCUAGAUUAGAGUUGGUUGAGAUGCAACUAUGCCUGACGAUUAGCGAUGUUGGAGAUGCAU